GCGUGUGGAGGAAAGCUGCGUCGCUGGUGGUGUUUUGGUUUUGGCUGGAAGGCUGUACCCACCCGAGAUCGCUCCAGCCACCGCUCGCUGCAGGGGAAAGUGGAGCCUGGGUUCUUUUGCCUGCUCCCCAUCGCUCUGGAUUGUGGCCGGGGACCUGGCUGGGGUCUGGGGAGGCCCACCACGAGAUGUACCAGAGUUUAGCAAUGGCAGCUAACCCUGGCCCUCCAGCGUACGAGGGGGCAGGUGGCUUCAUGCACAGCGCGGCCGCAGCAGCAUCCCCCGUCUAUGUGCCCACCACGAGGGUCACCUCCAUGCUCCCCAGCCUGCCGUACCUGCAGAGCAGCGGCUCUUCCCAGCAAGGCAGCCCCGUCUCCAGCCACUCCAUCUGGACUCAACCCGGAGCCGAAGGCGCCGCUUACAAUCCCGGAUCAUCUCACCCUCCCGUGUCACCUCGGUUCUCCUUCUCCACCAGCACACCCAUCCCUGCCACCUCUUCCCGGGAAGCCGCCGCAGCCUACAGCAGCUCCUUGAACCUUUCUACUAACGGGAGGGAGCAGUACAGCAGGGGGUUCGGCAGCUCCUAUUCCAGCCCCUACCCGGCUUACAUGAGCCCCGAAAUGGCCACCACCUGGACUUCUUCGCCCUUCGACAGCUCCAUGCUGCACAACCUGCAGAGCCGAGGGACGCCCGCAGCCGCCCGCCAUGCCAACAUCGCAGAAUUCUUUGAUGAUUACUCAGAGGGGCGAGAAUGUGUCAACUGUGGGGCCAUGUCCACCCCACUCUGGAGGAGAGACGGCACAGGGCACUACCUCUGCAACGCCUGCGGGCUCUACCACAAGAUGAACGGCAUCAACCGGCCCUUGUUCAAACCCCAGAGGAGGCUGUCGGCUUCCCGCCGCGUUGGCCUCUCUUGUGCCAACUGCCACACGACGACGACCACGCUGUGGCGCAGGAACGCCGAGGGGGAGCCUGUCUGCAACGCCUGCGGACUCUACAUGAAGCUCCACGGGGUCCCCAGGCCUUUAGCAAUGAGGAAAGAGGGCAUCCAGACGAGGAAGCGCAAGCCAAAGAACCUGAACAAAACCAAACCAGCAGCAGGUCCAUCCAGCAGCGAGAGUCUUACCCCAACCACCAGCUCCACCAGCAGCAGCAGCAGCAGUGCCACGGCCGCUGAGGAAAUGCGCCCCAUCAAAACAGAACCUGGGCUGUCAUCUCAUUAUGGGCACCCCAGCCCAGUUUCUCAGGCAUUCUCAGUCUCUGCCAUGUCUGGACAUGGAUCAUCUAUUCACCCUGCAAUUUCAGCUCUGAAGCUUUCCCCACAGGCUUAUCAGUCAGCUAUCAGUCAGUCUCCACAAACCAGCUCCAAACAGGACUCCUGGAACAGCCUGGUCUUAGCUGAAAACCAUGGGGACAUCAUAACUGCAUAACCUGGUCUUCCACCCAUGGACUUGAGGAUUUUCCACUCGAGAGAUGAAGAAGAUGCAAUGUAAUCAUCAAGUCAAUGUUGUUUCCCACCCUCCCCUGUUUUCCUGUCUCCUCUCCCCUUGUGAGAUGUUCCAGCAAAGAGGUAAAGAGGACUUACCUGAGGGUGCAGGAGAGCUCUUGCCAAACCACUAGAGAAGACUCAGAUCUCCAAGCCACCAGUGGAUUUGAAGCUUUCCUUUAAAUGAGUCUAUUUGCUUGUCACCACAGAAACACAAAGAUGGACACAGUCCUUGAGUCCUGUUCAGUUUAAAACACCUUGCAUUUAAGACUCAGGCACUGGUGGGGCAGAGACAGCUCUUUUUUUGUGCUCCCCUUCUCUCACCAUCUGUUCUUUUCCUGACCAGAAGAAAAUGUCACCAUCUUCUUAGCACAGGCUGCUCGGGGAGGUGGUGGAGUCACUGUGCCUGGAGGUGUUGAAGCCAAGCCUGGAGGAGGCACUUAGUGCCAUGGUCUGGUUGACUGGAUAGGGCUGGGUGCUAGGUUGGACUGGCUGAGCUUGGAGGUCUCUUCCAACCUCAUUGAUUCUAUGAUUCUAUGAAAUGGAGCCAAUGCCAGAAGGGUUUGCAAGCCAGACUUUGGUAGAAAGGCUUUGGUGGCUUUAGUGGAUGGAAUAUGAACAGAUGAAAGACUAAAGAAGGCCUCCCCACAUUCUAAAAGCUCAACAAUCCAUCACAGUGUCCUCAUUUGCCUAAAUGGUCUGAAAAAGCUAAUGGAAGUCCAUAUUUAAGAGUAACUCCUCCCCUAUUUAUCACCAUGAAACCAUGGGGACUGUGCUUCUGAAAGGUUGUUGGCUGAGCCUGGAGAAGAUCUGUCCAAAGUCAAAGGGGGGAUGCUGGAAGAAGGAAGCUUCUGGAAGCCCCCUUUAGCCAUCAAAUCCUGAAGGAAUUUGCUGGGAUCUUCCCUUACAGACAGCUACAAGCCAGGCUUAGAGAUGACUGAAGAGCAUAGCAAGUGAGAGAUGCUCUUCCAACGCUGCUGUGCCGUUGCUUUUGGGACUCUUAAUUUAAUUCCUUUGUGUACUUCUGUCUUGGUUUUGGUGUUGCUGAAGCAAUUUGCUUGUCCUUUCUUUUUCUAGCUGUACUCUGAGUGCCUGCUUUUUCCCCCUGACGGCUGGCUCAUGACCAUUUGACACAUCUAACUCUCUGGGAUACCCCCAUUUGCAAUGAGCACAGGCUCCAGCCUCUCAUGGAGGUAGGCAGGGGCUGUUUCCUCUACCAAGCAUGUGCAUAGACUUGCUUGCCUGCAAGAGAAGCACAACUCCAGCCGUGCACAACUGCUAAACAGGACUCAGAAGCUUUUCUUGCACAUUAGGCUCUCUGCAGCCAGGGAAACCCAGAAAAAGGAGCUGGAAGAGAUGCUGAGAGCUCACUGACUCAUUCUCUUUCCCCAAAAGGAUCAUUUCUACCUAGCCUAGCCCUGACUGCUCUUUCUCUAGCAUGUGCUUAACAGACUCCAUCACCACAGGUGCCACAGCUCCCCUGUGCCAUCCAAGUGCUUCACCAGACAUGUGGCCAUGACAUUUUCAUCAACCUUUCUGAGCAGAGCCAGCUUUGCCUGGGAGGCCUCUCAGCUUUUCCUGGGACAACUCAUCCUAUAAGAUUCUCCACUUUUGUUUCUGUCCACUCCCAAACACUCUUAUUUUUCUUGCCUUCCCAGCUCCUCUCCUUCCUUCCUUUGCCAUUGGAAUGGGCUGCCCAGGGAGGUGGUGGAGUUGCCAUCCCUGGAGGUCUUGAAGCAAAGACUGGAUGAGGCACUUAGUGCCAUGGUCUAGUUGAUUGAAUAGGGCUGGGUGUAAGGUUGGAGUGGAUGAGCUUGGAGGUCUCUUCCAACCUGCUUGAUUC